UGCAUUUUGGCCUCCCGCGGUCUGUUCUCAAGUCGUGAAGGAUGAAGAUCGUUACCUGGAAUAUAAACGGUAUCAGGACUUUCGGAGCAGGCAUUAAAAAGACCCUGGAUUCUCUGGACGCAGAUAUAAUCUGCGUGCAGGAGACUAAAGUGACGAGGGACUUGUUGGAUGAAAGGACUGCCAUCGUCGACGGGUACAACUCGUAUUUCAGCUACAGCAGGGGACGCAGCGGAUACUCAGGAGUCGCCACAUACUGUAAGGAUCGUGCCACUCCGUUUGCAGCCGAGGAGGGUCUCACAGGCCUGCUCACCAACCAUGAAGGGGCUGUUCGAUGCUACGGCGACUCCGCGGACUUCUCUAAUGAGGAGCUGCAGCUUCUGGACAACGAAGGGCGAGCACUCAUCACCCAGCACAAAGUCACGUGUCAGGGCGGAGAACAGACCGUGACCGUGAUCAACGUGUACUGUCCCAGGGCCGACCCUGAGAAGCCCGAGCGAAAACAGUUCAAACUGCGGUUCUACAAGCUGCUCCAGAGCCGCGCCGAGGCCAUACUGAAAGAUGGAAGCCAUGUGAUCAUUUUAGGAGACGUAAACACGUCUCAUCGGCCAAUAGACCACUGUGACCCCUCUGAUGACGAGGAUUUUGGUGAACACCCAGGAAGGAAAUGGCUGGAUGAGUUUUUGCACAAUGGCCCAGACAGUGAAGAGCAGCAAGAGGAGGAAGCGGAUGAAAAAUCAGACUCGCUCCAUGGGGGGAAAUUUGUCGAUACCUUCCGCUACUUCCACCCGACCCGGACCAACGCCUUCACCUGCUGGUCCACUCUGACCGGAGCCCGGCAGACCAACUACGGCACACGCAUCGACUACAUAUUCGCCGACUGCCGGCUGGCCAGGGAGCACUUUGUGGCAGCGGACAUCAUGCCGGAGGUGGAGGGGUCGGACCACUGCCCUGUGCGGGGGCAGCUGAGCUGCUCCCUCCUCCCCAGCUCCAGACCUCCUCCGAUCUGCACACGCUACCUGCCGGAAUUCGCCGGAAAACAGCAGAAACUUUCACGUUUCCUUGUUAAAGUGGACCAAAAACCCGUUCUGCCCGGAUCUCAAGAACAUGAAGAAAGGAGAGAGAAUUUAAACCCGCUAGGAGCCGGAAACAGCUCUGGAAAGAAGCGGGUGUUAACAUCAGAGUCUUCAGUCCCGAAAGGAAAGAAGACUAAGACGGUGAAUUCUUCCUCAAAGCCGAAAGGAAAUUUACUUUCCUUUUUCAAGCCUAAAGUGACAAAUACCGAGCCGUCACCAUCGUCACUCAGAGCAUCCCCGGCAGGAGAGGAGUCCUCCGAAGACGCCGAGCUGAGCUCCAGCCAGGACUCAGAGGAGGCCGAAGGACAGCUGAAGACCAAACCCCUGGUUUCACAGCCCACGGUGGGACAUUCCAAUGCCGAGAAAGGGGCGUCGUCGGUGUUUUGGAAGUCGCUGCUUCGUGGGCCGCCGCCGCCGCCCAGCUGUAAGGUCCACGGGGAGCCCUGCGUGCUCCGCACGGUGAAGAAGGAGGGUCCAAACAUGGGCAAACAGUUUUUUGUGUGCGCUCGUCCUCAGGGACACGCCUCCAACCCCGAGGCUCGCUGUAACUUCUUCUCCUGGGUGGAGAAGAGCAAGUGACAUGUUUAUUAUAUAAACUACAAACUGUUUACUUUGUAAAACUUUUUUUUUUUUUUUCAAAUUGUGAACUUUUAUUUUGCUAAAUAAUA